AUGUCCCUGGACGACGAUGAUUUUACGUUCGGUUCUUCUGUGUGGGGCUCCUCUGAGCCGGUUACUCUCGCCCCUCCUGCUCAAUCCACAUUCUUCCCGCCGCCAUCUGACGAUUUCGACGAUUUCGGAUCCCCAACUGAAACUGCUGAUACCAAUGCUGCUGUUGAGGACGAUGAUUUUGGAGAUUUCGGAGACUUUGAUGAUGCGGGAGGUGGUGGAACCGAGUUUGGCGAUGACGCCUCCGGGGGCUUUGGAGGCACAGCGGAGGCCGGACCUUCGUUUGCCGCAAGCUGGACACCCUUGAGGCUAGAAUCGUCGCCAAAUAGAGAUCGGUUACGCGGAGAUAUCGACGAGAUACUGGCUCCUGUCUGGGCCAAUGUUGAUUUCAGUCAGGUCAUCACUAGCGACGGCAUUCGGGAGGUGGAAGGAAUCUCACAAAUCUUGAUCAAUCCUGAAAGUCGAGACUUGUAUAACAUACUACUCAAGUCACCACCUCCGACCAAGCCCCCGAACUGGACGCGUUCUCGGAUUCGCCGACAGCACUUGAUCGCACUGGGCAUCCCCGUUAAUCUGGACGAGGUCCUACCGCCACAAGCCAAUGGACACGCUAUGCCCCUGCUGCAGGUGACUACGCGGCCGAUGUCGGCGCCCCCGGGUCCUCGUAACGGGUCGGGUGCAGGCACCCCGGUGCCUCGAUCGGGCACUCCACAGCCGGGUGGGCGCACGGAACAGUUCGGGCCCAGGCCAGACAUCGAUAACGCGAAAAUCGCCCAGUUGCUGUCGCUCGAUGCAGACACGCUCGCGAUUCAGCCUCUGUCGACGCUUGAAGGCUACUUGGCAGCGCUUCGGGCCCAAACUGCAAACACGUCCGCGCUGCUCUCCCAUUUGCUGCAAACUCGGGAAGCGCUGCAGCAGGAUUCGGAGACGUACAACGGGCUCAUUGCUGAGCUGGUCGGCGAGGCACAGAAGAUCAAGACAACUAAAGGUCGGACACCCAGCAGGAAGGGGACAGCGCCAUAACCCGAUGGCAACAUCCGUUGCUUCCAUGUGUCUGUUUUUCAUCCCGACUCGAUAUCUCCAGGGAUGCAUGCGCUCAUGGUUCAAGAUUCGAAGCAACCCGGCAACGGGUCGUGUGGUCGGAGUUUGGAUUAGGCCUGGAGGAAACCAUCUAUUUUGAUAGCGACGUUCUCUGGCCAUGCAGCAGAAGACAUAGCAUAGGGCGAUUUAGUCUGUGAUGGGCAGUGCAUGACAUGUUGCUUGACAAAGAGUUUGACCUCCAUGCUCCAGGGGAUCUUCCGUUGCCACGAUUUGAGCAUCCCGAACGCAGCAGAGCCGUGCGGCUACAGACCAAACCUCACGGUUUGACUGUUUAAUGAACCCGCAUGUCGAGACGGUCCUCCAUAUCGGGUCAAUUGCGUCAUCAAGAAACCCCACAGUGGGAUUUUCACCUGAGGCCGUCAGCAGGCAAAGCAGCGGGUGCUGAUCAGUCUGAAUUGAGGCAGUACUUGAUCUGCUCCGAGGAAAGCUAAGCGGGCAGGGACUCGGAGGAGAAGAUGUGCAGAAUCCUGACUUUCGGGGGCGAAUCGCUAGUCCCGACUGUCCGACACAGAUCACAGAGAAUCGAAGCAGAGAGUGUUUUUUUUUUUUUUUUGCGGCACGUUUGGAAUAACACCUUGAGACCGACAUAGGUCCAUCUCAAGAAUGUCCGUGAAUGUGUGACGUAGGAACCAGGACCUCGUCGGCAGUCUGCAAGGUAGGAAUGCAUUUACGCACGAACGGCAAACGCCGAACAGUGUGGGACUCGAUCACCUCGUGAUAAUACCCACUAAACCUCCUGAAAAUACGAGACUUUCAUUGGGGAUUGAACUCCUGCUUUCACAGGACCCAACGACUUCUGUUUCACACGGAAGCCAAGACCGAUGGUGCCGUUAGACCAGG